UCUUUAACAAAUAUUUGACUUUGUUCAAAAACACUCACUCUGACAGAGUAGUUUCCGCUGCUGUGAGUGAGUGAAAUAAAAAGUAGAGAUGGCCAGCAGUUACAGACUCCUAGUGAAAAAUGCUCAGCAGGUGGUUUUAAUCUGCAGCGGCGGACAGAAAUAUCUGACCGGACACGAGCUACAGAGUCUGAGUGUGAUUGAAAACGGCAGCGUCGUCAUCGGAGGUGAUGGGCUGAUCAAAGCUGUGGGACCUGCAGAAACCAUCGCAGCUCGGUUUUCCGAGGCGACGUUCGACAAAGUCAUCGACGCGUCGGGAAUGUGCGUCCUGCCCGGUUUGGUCGACGCCCACACUCAUCCAGUCUGGGCUGGAGACAGAGUGCACGAGUUUGCAAUGAAGCUGGCAGGAGCCUCCUACAUGGACGUCCACCGCGCCGGCGGCGGCAUCCACUUCACCGUGGAGCACACCCGAGCAGCGGCGGCCUCCGACCUCCUGACCUCUCUGAGGAGCCGGCUGGUGCGGAUGCAGCGGGCGGGGACGACGCUGGUGGAGUGCAAGAGCGGCUACGGCCUGGAGCUGCACGCCGAGCUCAAGAUGCUGCUGGUGAUCGAGGAGGCCGGACGCAGUCUGCCCAUCAACAUCUCCUCCACCUUCUGUGGAGCACACGCGGUGCCCAGAGGGAAGACGGAGGCAGAAGCUACAGAGGACGUCCUGCAGGUGCAGCUGCCGCUGCUGAAGGAGCAAAUGUCCGCCGGGAACCUGAAGGUGGACAACAUCGACGUGUUCUGUGAGCGCGGCGUGUUCGACGUGGCGUCCACUCGCUCCAUCCUGCGGGCGGGGAAAGACAUGGGCCUCAACAUCAACUUCCACGGCGACGAGCUUCACCCGAUGAACGCCGCGCAGUUGGGAGCAGAGCUUGGAGCUUUAGCCGUCAGUCACCUGGAGGAAGUGAGCGACGAAGGAAUCGCUGCCAUGGCCGAAGCAAAGACCGCCGCAGUUCUUUUGCCCACGACGGCCUACAUCCUCAGGCUGCCUCAGCCUCGGGCCAGAGACAUGUUGGAGGCCGGAGUGAUCGUCGCCCUCGGCAGCGACUUCAACCCCAACGCUUACUGCUGCUCCAUGCCGAUCGUGAUGCACCUGGCCUGUGUCAACAUGAAGAUGUCCAUGACUGAAGCUCUGGCCGCCGCCACCAUCAACGCCGCCUACGCCCUCGGCCGCUCGCACACACACGGCUCGCUGGAGGUCGACAAACACGGCGACCUGCUGCUCCUCAACGCCACGCGGUGGGAACAUCUCAUCUACCAGCUGGGUGGACACCAGGAGCUCGUCCGCUACGUCGUCGUCAUGGGCAACGUCGUCUACGACAACGACAAGACUCUGGACUUGUAAUCGCACGCACGUGAAAGUCCUGCUGACUUGUUUUUUUAAAUCAGAGAAGGUAAAAAAAAAAAAUGUAUCAACACAGAGAUGAUUCCCGUCCCAGUCCCUACACGAAUAUGUAUUUAUGUCUUAAAGACUCAAAGGGAAACAUGACUUUAAUUAAAAUGACAGGAAGUAGCCGCACAGAACCAAAACAGUGAAUUAAGUUUUUAUCCUGAGCUGAACUGAGCAGCUGUUGACUGUGAUGUAUGUUUUAAACACUUCAAAAACAGGGUUAGCAUGUACUGUGUUUUAAACUGAGGUCAAUGAAUCUGAGUUACUGUAUCGACAGAGUUCACCAACGUUGAUGUUUUUCAUAUUAAAGUAAAAUAAAAUAAAUUCUCUUGAAUUCCA